AUGCCCACCUUCCACCUAGCCGCCACCGCACCCAUCAACCCGCCGGGUGCCAAGCCCGUCCUCACGCGGGACCAGGUCUGGCGCGCCCUGCAGAUCAAGGUGCGGGAGCCGUCGCUCUUCGUGCCCGUCAUCACGUCGUGCGGCGUCGUGUCGGAGAAGGACAACGUCGUGACCCGCCACGUCGAGUUCAAGUCCGGGCUGGGCCUCCCCGCCGGCAAGAUCACCGAGGUGUGCACCAACUACGCGCCGGCCAAGGUGCACUUCAAGAUGGACACGGGCGACGAGGUCGAGAACAUUGUCGGCCAGGGCCCCAGCGACGACGAGAAUGACCUCUGGCUCACAUAUGCUUUUGACUGGGUCAUUAAGGAGGGCGCCGACACUUCGCAGCACGGAAAAUGGCACCUAGACGACGACGGCAAACCAGUCUUCCCCGACGGGGACGCCACGAAUACGGACUGCGCCGUCACAAAGUGGGUCUUCCCCAGCGACCCAGGCCCGUACCCGGAGGAGUCGAACGCAACAGCCGACUACGAGGUCGACUACCGCACCGCCCGCCUGGCCAUGCGCGCCGCAAGCCUGGGCCCAUCGUUUGGCCCUCCCCUCGCCAUACUGGAGAAGCGCGGCGCCUGGCAGCCAUGCCUAAACAUGGCCAAGGAGCACGGCGGUCUACUGGACCAGGUGGCCAUCGACUACCACUACGAGCCGCGCGCCAUCGACGGCGUCCUACACGUGCGCGCCACGUACGUCCUGCGCGACGACUCGGGGACCCCGGACCUGUGGAACCUGUGGUGGAAGCAGCCCUUUGUGGGCCCCUGGGUUUGUCCCGGGAGGAGGCUGUUUCAGGAGUUCGAGGGCCAGGCGGGGAGGUGCCGGUGCUUUGACGACUGGCCGCGGAAGAAGGCCUCGGACGUGGAGUCUUGCUCGGACGUCGGGCCGAUCAACGAACAGGUCGAGUGCAGCUGCGCCAAGACGCUGAGCGAGGUGUGCGCGCUCGAGAUCAAGACGCUGGCCAGGUGCGAGUGCGUCGGCUGGGCGGCUCAGUACUGCGGCACCGAGUGGGAGAUCACCAAGACGCCGUCCCCAGCCGGGUCCAGCGGCUGGGAGCUGAGGUGGCAGGUCUGGCGGCGCUUCGACAUCCUGGCCGAGUGCGGACUGCACGAGUGGUUCCUCGACCCGUACUUUGACUUGGCGGACGAGGGCCGCUGGAUGUGUCCCUACUACGGGCUCAAGACGGGCGCGAGGAGGGCCUGGCUGCUGGCGGAGGCGGCUGAGCGGGGGGAUGACGAGGACGCUGUCAAGAGGCAGCUCGACGAGGAUGAAGAGAGGACCACGCAGAAUGACCGGCCUAGUUCCUGGGAGUCCUGGCAACACUGGUACCAUGAAUGGCUGGGGCCAGAAUAG